ACUUGAAUUAUUACUGUCCGACGCUAAUACACUCGCGAAAAAGUACGAAUUGCUAUAUCUCCGCCGGUCGUCAUAACUCUUUCUAUCUGAUCGCGUUUCCACUUCUGGGUUUUAAGGUUUCGAUGUUUUGUUGAGCUGGAUUUUAAGGUCGUGGCUCGAAAUGGAAUAUGGAGUACAAGGUCUGCUUGCUGGGUCUGAUAUUCAUGGAUUCCACACCUUGGAAGAUUUGGAUGUUAAGACUGUAAUGGACGAAGCCAAAACGAGAUGGCUCCGUCCAAAUGAGAUUCAUGCUUUCCUCUGUAACUACAAGUAUUUCACAGUCCAUGUCAGGCCUGUGAACCUCCCAAAAGGUGGUACAGUUAUUUUGUUUGAUCGUAAGAAGCUCAGAAACUUUCGAAAAGAUGGUCAUAAUUGGAAGAAGAAAAAAGACGGGAAAACUGUCAAAGAAGCUCACGAGCAUUUAAAAGUUGGUAAUGAAGAAAGAAUUCAUGUAUACUAUGCACAUGGAGAAGAUAACCCAACAUUUGUUCGCAGAUGUUACUGGCUGCUUGAUAAAACACUGGAGCACAUAGUCCUUGUUCACUAUCGCGAAACACAAGAGGUGCAGAGCUCACCAGCCACCCCUAGUUCUGCCCUUUCUGAUCUAUCACCUCCUUGGGUUUUAACAGAAGGAUCCGAGUCACCAAUUGAUUGUGCAAAUUACAAUAGGCCUCUAGCAUCUUUAGAGCCUAAUGACAAUAUGAGAAUCCAAAAUCAUCGACAGACAUUACAUGCCAUUAACACACUUGAAUGGGAUGAGCUUUUGGGACCUGAUGAUCCUAACAAGUCACGGUCAACUCAAGAAGUGGUAGCAAAGGCUUCAGUUGGGCAACAGCAACAAUAUGAAACAAAUGGUUUCGGGCUCAAUGGUGCCAAUCUAUCAGCUGACGAAUUAGCAGUAGGAUCUUUAGAGAAUUUGCCUGGGCAAAUGUCCAUUAGCAAUUCAAUUAAUUUCAACAUUCCAAAUGAUGUGGUGCCUCAGACAUUGAAUGCUCAAAUGACUUCAUAUUCUCAGAGGAUUGAUUUUGAUAAUCCAAGUAAGGAUGGUCUCCAAAGUCAGGACAGUUUUGGAAAAUGGAUGAACUACAUGAUAGCUGCAGAUUCUCCCGGAUCUGUAGAUGAUCCAUCACUUGAGCCUGCAACCGGUUAUCAAUCUUUCCCAUCACCAAGUCUUGAUAAUAACUCAUCUGCACAGGAGCACAUAUUCAACAUAACAGAUGUCUCACCUGCAUGGGCUUUUUCAACUGAAGAAACAAAGAUAUUAGUGAUUGGGCAUUUUCUUGGAGGACAGUCGCAACUAGCAAUAUCCAAUCUUUUUUGCGUCUGUGGAGAUGCUCGUGUACCUGCAGAGGUUAUCCAAUCUGGGGUAUAUCGAUGUUUACUUUCACCUCAAACUCCUGGAUUGGUUAACCUAUAUUUGAGUUUUGAUGGAUAUAACCCCAUCAGUCAAGUGAUAACCUUUGAAUUUCGAGCUCCUGAGAUUCCCAAAUCCACCAGUACCCCUUCAGUGGUUAAGCCUCACUGGGAAGAAUUAAGAGCUCAAAUGCGGCUUGCACACUUGCUCUUUGCUACACCUAAGAGCCUUAAUAUAUUAUCCAGUAAAAUACCACAAGAUGCCCAGAAAGGUGCUAAGAUAUUUGCUCAUAAAUGUUCUCACAUUACCAGCAAUUGGACACAUUUAACCAAAUCAAUUGAUAACAAUCAACUCUCUUUCCCACAAGCAAAAGACCAAUUGUUUGAGCUGUCUCUGCAUACCAAGCUACAGGAGUGGCUGUUGGAAAGAAUUCUUGAAGGGUGUAAAAUCCCAGAGCGUGAUGAGCAAGGUCAAAGCGUUAUCCAUUUGUGUGCUAUUCUAGGUUACACAUGGGCUAUCUAUCCAUAUAAAUGGUCAGGCUUAUCAUUGGAUUAUAGAGACAAAUUUGGAUGGACUGCUCUUCAUUGGGCUGCAUAUUAUGGCAGGGAAAAAAUGGUUGCAGUUCUUUUAUCUGCUGGGGCAAAGCCAUCUAUGGUCACUGAUCCCACUACUGGAAACCCUAGUGGAUGUACUGCAGCUGAUCUUGCAUCCAAAAAUGGCUAUGAGGGUUUAGGAGCUUAUCUUGCAGAAAAGGCUCUAGUUGCACAAUUUAAUGAAAUGACUCUGGCUGGCAAUGCUAGUGGUUCACUUCAGCCUGCAUCUGAUUCUGGUAACUAUGGGAACACCGCUGAGGACAUGGAAUUGAAAGAUACUCUGGCAGCUUAUCGGACAGCUGCUGAUGCUGCUGCACGUAUACAGUCUGCAUUCAGGGAACACUCCUUCAAAUUGCGGAAGAUGCAAGUUGAAUCUUCAACUCCAGAGAGUGAAGCUCGCAGUAUAAUUGCAGCAAUGAAGAUCCAACAUGCUUUUCGUAAAUACGAUACAAGAAAAAAGAUAGAUGCUGCUGCAAGAAUCCAGUAUAGGUUUCGAACUUGGAAGAUACGGAAAGAUUUUCUUAACAUGCGCCGCCAGGCAACCAAAAUUCAGUCUAUCUUCCGUGGUUACCAAGUCCGGAGGCAGUACAGAAAGAUUGUUUGGUCUGUUGGGGUGCUUGAAAAGGCAAUCUUACGCUGGCGUUUGAAGAGAAAAGGGUUCCGUGGACUUCAGGUUGCAGAAACCACUGAUACAACUGAAAACCAAAAACAAGACAACGAUGUUGUCGAUGAGGAUUUCUUCCGAGCAAGCCGGAAGCAAGCGGAGGAGCGUGUUGAGAGGGCUGUUGUACGGGUCCAGGCCAUGUUUCGUUCAAAGAAAGCACAGGAAGAAUAUAGAAGGAUGAAGUUAGAACACAACACAGCAUCUCUGCAAUACGAAGAGUUUCUUGAUCCUACUGAUACUUACAUGGGAUAAGAGUAACUUGUGCUGGAAAGGAAGCAUGAGUGCAGGUUGGUUUACUAUGAAGACCUUGUAAAUUCAUAGGCUUUCAUAUUUUUAAUUAAAAAACAAGGGGACAGUACAUAGUUGUAGAUCGAUCUUAUUAGGUGCUUGGCUCCUCAAUUAUGUACUAGACUAGAAAAUUUAUCUACCCUUGUAAAAAGUAAUGAUUUUCUGGAUAAAAUGUUUGCAACUAUCCUUGUACAAGUUGGUAAAACAAACGCUUGGUGUCUA